CUUUUAUUGUCCCCAGCACAAGGGGAACCCGUAACGAUCAUGCUGUUUAAUCAUCAUCUUGAUAUGCCACACCUGUCAGAAUAAUCUUUGAUGCAGUUGUGUGGCACUGUGAUACAUAUGCCACCUGCUGACAGACGUUUGUAGUGCAGCCUGGUGCAGACACGUCAAUCUGAAGCAACAUCAACCCAUUGGCUGCAUUCUAUCACGUGUGUGGAUCUGAAAAUGGCGUCUCCAAAUGGAGGUGAUGAUUUUGAGUCCUCUCUGCUGAGUUUUGAGAAGCUGGAUAGAGCAUCUCCUGACCUAUGGCCAGAGCAACUGCCAGGAGUUGCAGAAUUUGCUGCAUCUUGCAAAAAUCCAAUUACCAAUUCUCCACCCAAAUGGAUGGCUGAACUGGAGAGUGAGGACAUUGAAAUGUUAAAAGAGCUGGGGAGUCUGACCACAGCAAACCUGAUGGAGAAGGUCAAAGGGCUACAGAAUCUGGCCUACCAGCUGGGCCUUGAGGAGUGUUAUUGUCCUGCUGAAAGGUGAAUUUGUCUCCCAGUGUCUGUUGGAAAGCAGACUGAACCAGGUCUUCUAGGAUUUUGCCUGUGCUUAGCUCUAUUCCGUUUAUUUUUUUUAUUUUUUAAAAACUCCCUUGCCGAUGACAAGCAUACCCUUAACAUGAUGCAGCCUUCACCAUGCUUGAAAAUAUGAAGAGUAUUUCAACACAACACUUUGUAAUCAGGGUAUAAAAGUUUAUUUCUUUGCCACAUUUUGCCACAAGGACAAAUGUCCUUUGUUUCUCUUUGUCAUUUAGGUUAAUAUUGUUUAGUAACUACAAUGUUGCCCUCAUGGUGAAAUCCCUGAGUGGUUUUCUUCCUCUCCUGCACUUGAGUUAGGCAGGACGCCUGUAUCUUUGCUGUGACUAGUUGUGUUGAUACACCACCAUGUCAUUAAUAACAACAUGCUCAAAGGAAUAUUCAAUGUCUGAUUUUUAAAUUUUGACUCAAGACAUUUCAGCUUUUCAUUAUUAAUUAAUUUGUAAAAAUGUCUAAAAACAUAAUUCCUCUUUAACAUUAUGGGAUAUUGUGUGUAGGCCAGUGACAUAAAAUCUCAAUUUAAUCCAUUUUAAAUUCAGGCUGUAACACAACAAAAUUUUGAAAAACUCAAGGGGUGUAAAUACUUUCUGAAGGUACUGUAAUAUCUGCUAGUUUAAAGUUAUGGCUAUUUUAUAGAGAGCAAUUGGCAGUAGUAGGCAAUCACAGCCCUCCUUUUACUUGUGUUAUUGCACGUCAGCAGAGGGCAACCAUUUUGAAUGCAUUUUCACAUUAAAGGGUAGUUAGCAUAAACUUAGCCACAUGUAACAAAUGGAUUUACAUUAGUAUACGCAUCAAAAUUUCCAAUGCAAAGUUACACCUCACUUUUCAAAACUUGUUUUGUUAUUAAAUAAAAUGGAUGAGAAUGCCGAAAUCAUGACGGAAACAUUUUUGCGGGAUGUGAAGGUAUAUGGAGGACCCGGCAAG